UAGUUUAUCACCCUUCUCCCCCCCGACGUCGCCGCGUUUCGGACUGCGGACGGAAGUACUAGAAGAUCGGAAAAAUCCACCAUCUUUUUGCACUCGACUCUCAACCAGGUUAAGGAGUUAUUAAAAACCGUCAAAAUGGUUGCCCAGAAGAAACAGAAAAAGGCUAUGGAGAGCAUCAACUCCAGGCUUGCUCUCGUCAUGAAAUCUGGAAAAUAUGUUCUGGGUUACAAGCAAACUCUCAAGUCGUUGAGACAGGGAAAAGCCAAACUGGUCAUCAUUGCCAACAAUACUCCUCCGCUUAGAAAAUCGGAGAUCGAAUAUUAUGCGAUGUUGGCUAAAACUGGAGUACAUCAUUACACCGGUAACAACAUCGAGCUCGGUACAGCCUGCGGUAAAUAUUUCCGUGUGUGUACCCUUUCGAUUACGGAUCCUGGCAAUUCUGACAUCAUCAAAUCCAUGCCAACUGGUGAUCAGGCGUAAUUUUUUGUAUGAAUAAAUUAUACAAAACGUUUAA